AUGCCCCUACUUGAACCCGGAGCAACCGCAUAUGGCACGUUCGACGACAUGAGACGAGACACAGAGGAAGAGGGAGAGCGCCUCCUCACUAAUGACGGAUAUGUGAGCGACGAUGGUGGUAGCGCGGUAACGUCCGUUGAUUCGGUCCAAGAGGGUGUGCGGAAAAUUGAAGCAAUCAACAUGACAUGGACAACCCGAUCCCUGGUCAUAGCUUAUAUCAGCAUCUUUCUUAUGGCCUUCUGCACUUCCCUGGAGGGCCAAACCAUCAUGUCACUCUCCGCCUAUGCGACCAGUGCAUUCAGCAAGCAUUCCUUGAUAUCAACUGUUCUUGUUGUUCAGAACGUUGUCAAUGCUGUGAUAAAGCCUCCAAUGGCUAAGAUAGCCGACGUCUUUGGCCGCUUUGAAGCAUUUUGUGUCAGCAUCCUGAUAUAUGUUCUCGGCUAUAUUCAGAUGGCCGCAUCGACGAAUGUUCAGACCUAUGCCUCCGCCCAGAUCUUCUACGCUGCCGGAUCCACGGGUUUACAAAUCCUGCAACAAGUCUUCAUCGCCGACAGCAGCAGUCUUCUCAAUAGGGCACUUCUAGCCCUUCUUCCGGAACUGCCGUUUCUGGUUACAGUUUGGAUCGGCCCCACGAUUGCCGACGCGGUGCUCGAGAACAGCUCGUGGCGCUGGGGCUAUGGAAUGUGGUCGAUUAUAUUGCCGGCUUCGUUUCUACCGCUAGCUCUCUCAUUACUGCUGAACCAGCGGAAGGCCAAAAGACUGAACCUAAUCAAAGAACGGCCUCAACACCGACGUGGAUUUGUCGCAACAGUCCGUCGCACGUGGUAUGACCUUGAUAUCUUCGGAUUGACUCUGCUUUCUGCGGCAGUGACUUUGAUUCUUGUUCCUCUUACCCUCGCCGCAAAUACCAAGAAUGGGUGGAAGAGCAACAGCAUUGUCGCGAUGAUCGCGGUAGGCAUUGUUUGUCUCUUGCUUCUGCCCUUCUGGGAGACUUCGAAGAAGCUUGCGCCCAAGCCUCUUUUGUCCUUGCAUCUCCUCAAGCAGCGCACAGCUCUUGCGGGUUGCUGUUUGGCAUUUUUCUACUUUAUGGCAUUCUACUUCUCGGUUCAGCCAUAUCUCUAUUCCUACUUGCAAGUCGUUCAGGGAUAUGACGUUGCCACGGCUGGCCGUGUCACGCAGACAUUUGCAUUUACAUCAACGAUUGCUGCAUUUGGGGUCUCGAUUCUAAUAAAGUAUACUCGUCGCUACCGUGUAUAUGUGACUAUUGGUUGCGUGAUAUACAUGACUGGCUUGCUGCUGAUGCUACUGUACCGCAAGGAAGGUAGUUCGCCGCUACAAGUUCUCGGAACACAGGUUAUUGUGGGUAUGGGAGGCGGGCUUCUCAAUGUUCCCGUACAGCUUGGUGUUCAAGCAUCCGCCAGCCACCAGGAAGUUGCUGCCGCUACGGCCAUGUUUCUUACAUCCAUGGAGAUGGGGGGUGCCGUCGGUGCUGCUAUCUCUGGGGCCGUUUGGACCCAUAACAUCCCGCGCAAGCUCAACCUUUACCUCCCCGAUGAAUACAAGUCUGAAGCUGGCGCAAUUUUCGGCAAGCUGACCAAGGCCUUGUCUUAUGAAAUGGGAACGCCGGUCAGAUCUGCCAUCAAUCGGUCUUACCAGGAGACAAUGAACAAGUUGCUAGUGUUGGCUCUCCUAGCCACGCUACCUUUGAUUCCGCUGAGCCUUCUCAUGUCGAACUAUAGGUUGGAUAAGAUGAGCGAAUCACCUGAUCAUCAAGGGUCUUCGCGAAGAAAUGAAUCCGAGUCAGGAGAACGGUCAAAACGAACGUAG